AUGAAACACCUACCAAAUGCCAUUUGCAAGUGCCUUUUAUACUCCCAGGAGUUUCUUGUUGUUUCCCAAACGAAGACACUGCCACCCUUUGUUUCAGUCUUAAAGAAUAUUUGUCGACUUUUUCUCGACGCCAUAAUUACCCACCACCGCUUCUUCUUGUCCUCAACCAAACCCAAUCCGACAAGACCACAUAAGAAUAAUGAAGCUGAUGUUUUUCUCCAGUAUUUCCGCCUAUACAGUACUGAACUGUGUGGUCUGACUUGUUCAUCAAAAACCAGGACCGAGAAUACACCGUCAGCUGGAAAAGUAUGUAUGACCGUGGAGCAUCUGAAGCCUGCUGACAAUAGCACACAAUUUUAUGAAUGUGCACCUUUGAAUGAAGACGAAGUGAAGGGAUAUGCGCUGAGCAAGAAAUAUCUAGGCGUUUGGAACCUGAGAGAUUGCCCGAAAGAACACGAAUUUGAUGAGCCAAAACAAAGAUGUAUUGAGAAGAAGACUUUCAGAAGACAACAAGUUGCAUGCGCUCAAAAUGCCCAAGCUACAGGAUGUGUUGCGUCUUGUCAAGCCCCAACCGACGUUGCUAACCAAGGAAUGGAGUGCAAUUGGCGCUCAUCUACUCUCCAGCGAGACCCUGCUAGCAACGCCUACUUCUUCCAAUGCGUUCCAUCCUCACCAACCGAAGGAUGUGGAGAAUGGACCCGAAUGCAGUGCUCCCAAUCUACAGUUUUCAAUGCGGAACUUAGUGUCUGUGUUCCAUUGGCAAUUCAAAACUCUUGUGAUAGUUCUACCCAACAACCAGUAUGCAGUUGUUCUCAAGUCUCCAGCUCGUGCCCAGGAACAUCUCAAUGCCAGAAUAAAGUUUGUUGCCAACAAACCGAUACAUUGAAUCUCAACAAUCUCAUCCAGCACCAAGCUCCUUUGUGCCCUGGAUCUAACGUCCCACCACUUGGAUCGUGUAACGAGCAGUGUCCGCAGUAUUCUGCCUGUACUCCCGGUCUCGGAUGUUGUCCAGUUCCAGUGAAUGAGGCGCCAACUGGAAUGAUCAAAAUAAUUCCGGGCUCAAAUUUCAAUAGUUUUCUCUUAAUCCUGUGGCAAAAGCAAUUUUCAGCCCUUUGCCCCGGAUCCUACUCACCGCCGUUUGGGGUCUGUGGAUCAUGUCCAUCAGGAACACAAUGCAACGAACAACUCGCGAUGUGUUGCCCUCUCCAACAGCAACCAUCCACCGAUAUCGUCUACAACGUUGUUCUUCUCUGCCCUGACGGAACUCCAUCUACGACUUCUUGCUCUCAAGGAUGUGGACCAAAUAAUGCUUGCUUCCAAGGAGCUUGCUGUCCGAUUAGAUGCCCUGCUGGACAGACUUAUAUGGUUCAGAACGCUGUUGGUUUCUGUUCUUCUGGAUCGUGUGGUGCUGGAAGCUGUUACUCAAAAACAACGUGCUGCCAAGAACCGAUCAAGCUUCCAGUGUGCUCGAAUGGAAUGAUUUCACAGAAACGUUGCUUGGUAGCUGCCGAAUGCGGACCAAAUCUUGAGUGUUCCAACGGAGGAUGCUGCCCAAUUCCAUUCUGCCCUAACGGAGUCACAGCUCGUGGUCGUUGCUCAGCUGUCAAUGGAUGCCCAAUGGGACAAGCUUGCAUGGAAGGUCUCUGUUGCCCUCUUCCAAGAUGCUCUAACGGCAUCACCUCUCUCGGAAUUUGCACUAGAACUUUGGAUUGUGGAAGAAUCGGUGUGGACUGCCAGAACGGCGCUUGCUGCCCAUUACCAUCGUGCCCCAACAAUAUUGCAUCCACUCAGCGAUGUGCUGCUGGAUGCACAAAUUGUUGUCCAGUGGGACAGACAUGUAUGAAUGGCGGAUGUUGUGAUUUGCCAUCAUGCCCAGCCGGUGGAUUCGCAAUUUCAAUGUGUACCGGAAAAUGUGGAACUGGAUUUGAAUGUGUUAACAGUGGAUGCUGCUCACUGCCAAGAUGCCCAAGUGGACUCAUGUCAGUGCAAAGAUGCGUGAUGGGAAUUGGUUGUCCACCUGGAAAUGUGAGUUUUUGUUUUGAUUUAUGUUCCUUGGGACAAUGCGAAAAUGGAGUUUGCUGCCCAAUGCCAAUGUGUUCAAGCGGUAGCAUUGCAUCGUCUGUUUGCGGAAUGGCUAAUUCUUGUCCAAUCGGUUAUAUUUGUGAAGGCCGUGGAUGCUGCUUGGAGCCUUUGCCAUUGUGCCCUAAUGGAGGAAGAGCUUCCAUGAGAUGCUACAGAGGCGCUGAAUGUCCACCAGGCUAUGGAUGUACUCCAUUGGGCGGCUGCUGUCUUCUGUCUAUGGAACCUGUAUGCCCAACCAGAUCCAAUGCAGUUUGCCAAUGCUCGCCAAACAAUGUUUGUCCAUCCGGCUCGAGUUGUACUAUGGGCACGUGUUGCUCCAGCGGCAUAAGCCCUAUUGUCUCGUUCAGUGUUCCUGGCACAGGAUGCCAAAACUCGAAUCAAUGUAAUGGAUUCCAAAGCAGUUGUGCACAAUGCGUUCAAGGAGUUUGUUCAUGUGUCAAUGGAGCAGCCUCAAAUGGAGCUACGUGUGAGCAAAUGGCGCCUACGAUUUUGACGUUGGCUAGAAAUGGAUGUGACCAGUAUGGAUCUCCAUGCAAGUUUUUGUUGUCAACGGCGAGAAGACGCCCAUUAUUUGCACCAACUGGAAAUAUGACUGAGUCUCCUUUGUUCUUCAACGUGGCAUCCAAAAGGAAGUGUGUCGCCAACAUUCAAAACUUUGAUGCAGACUCCACCUGUCUUCCAAAUGAGAAAUGCAUUGAUGGAGAGUGCAGAAUGAAACUCUGGCCAGGAGAAUAUGGAUGUCAAACGGACACUGAAUGUCAAUCGAGAUGCCCUAACACGUAUUGUGAAAAGAAAAAGAGUGAUAAGAAUGUUCCACAGUGUCAGUGUGCCAACGGAAUGCUUCUCUAUGGAAGAUGCUUCUCCCAAUGCCCACGCGGUUUCCAUGAGUCUGGUGCCUUCUGUAUGCAUGACGAUGAGGACAAGUUCUGGAUGGACGCCGAGGCUCAAGACAAUCUGAAAGCUCUUUUGAAUGCUGGAAAGUGCUGA